GGCGGCCCUGCUGAUUCAGGCGGAUAGAGAGCAGGAGGAGAAGAAGGAGGAGGAGUGUGUGUGUGUGUGUGUGUGUGUGUGUGUGUGUGUGUGUGUGUGUGUGUGUGUGUGUCGGCAGAUAGUCAGAAGGACCGGAGUACCAGCGGGAGUUUGGGAGCGCCUGAGCGGGGAAAUCUGCGUCCAAUACGGGGGAAGUCAGAAGAGGGAAUCCGCGAUGAGUUGGGGAACGGAGCUCUGGGACCAGUUUGAUAAUCUGGACAAGCACACUCAGUGGGGGAUCGACUUUCUUGAGCGCUACGCAAAGUUUGUCAAGGAGAGGCUGGACAUAGAGCAAAACUACGCCAAGCAGCUACGGAACUUGGUGAAGAAAUACUGUCCAAAGCGCUCUAAAGAUGAGGAGCCGAGGUUCACCUCAUGUCUGUCCUUCUACUCUGUGCUGAAUGAACUCAACGACUAUGCUGGUCAGAGGGAGGUGGUGGCGGAGGAGAUGGCUCACAAGGUGUACGGAGAGCUGAUGAGGUAUGGCCAAGACCUCAAAGCUGAGAGGAAGCAUCAUCUACAGGAGGGCAGGAAGGCCCAGCAGCAUUUGGAUCAUUGCUGGAAACAGAUGGACAACAGUAAAAGAAAGUUUGAGAGAGAGUGUAAAGAAGCAGAGAAAUCCCAGAUUACCUACGAUCGGUUAGAUAAUGACAUCAACGCCACCAAAUCAGAAGUGGAGAAGGCCAAAGCCCAGUUUUACCUGCGCACUCACAUGGCUGAUGAGAGUAAGAACGAGUACGCCGCUCAGCUGCAGAACUUCAACGCAGAGCAGUGGAAACAUUUCAACAACGCCAUACCACACAUCUUCAAGAAUUUGCAGGACAUGGACGAACGUCGAACGGUGAAGAUUGGAGAGACGUACCGGAGCUUCGCUGAGGCAGAGCGGCGAGUCAUUCCUAUCAUCUCCAAAUGUCUAGAAGGAAUGGUUUCUGCUGCCAAAGCUGUCGAUUUGCGAAGGGAUUCAGCCAUUGUCGUGGAGUCGUUUAAGUCGGGCUUCGAACCUCCAGGCGACUUCCCCUUUGAGGACUUCAGUCAGCAUCUGAGCAGAUCGGGAUCAGAUGGGACCAUCAGCAACACACCCAAAGGAGACCGAGAGAGAGAGAGAGAUGGGGCCCCGGGGCCACGAUCCGACCCGAAACACCCAAUGAGCAGAACCAAGAACAAGCUGUGGCUGUUUGGGAAGAAACCUAAGGCCCCAUCUUUGGAGGAUUUCAGCCACUUACCCCCCGAGCAGAGGAGGAAGAGGCUGCAGCAGAGGAUCGACGAACUUGGCAAAGAGCUCCAGAAAGAGAUGGAUCAGAGAGAUGCCCUGAACAAGAUGAAGGAUGUGUAUGAGAAGAAUCCGCAGAUGGGAGAUCCCAGCAGCCUGCAGCCCAAGAUAUCAGAGACCAUAUGUAACAUGGAGAAGCUGCGGUCGGAAAUCCACAAAAACGAGACUUGGUUAUCUGAGGUGGAGGGAAAGCAGAGCUCCAGAGGAGACAGAAGACACAGCGCUGACAACCACCAUCACACUCCUCAGGGCAGAGAGAGCCCUGAGGGCAGUUAUACAGAUGACACCAGUCAGGAGCAUCACACACCUCAACAGCGCACCAGUCCUCCAAAGCCCGGACAACCCAACCCCGACCUGCACGAGUUUGAUGACGAAUUCGAUGACGACGACCCGCUGCCCGUCAUCGGACACUGCAAGGCGCUCUACUCCUUCGAUGGUCAGAACGAGGGCACACUGGUGAUGGCAGAAGACGAGGUGUUGUACAUCAUCGAGGAGGACAAAGGUGACGGCUGGACGAGGGCGAGGAAGCAGGGCGGAGAGGAGGGCUACGUCCCCACCUCCUACGUAGAAAUCACCAUGGAGAGAAACAGCAAAGGUUCCUGAGGGCUGCAGGGUGGCCGGGCGAUUUGAUUGGCUGGUGGAGGGCUCACGCUGAUUGCUGAUUAUUGGUGGUGGUUGGGGGGGAUGACCUGAGAACGAGUAAAGUAAAAAAAUAAAUAAAAAAAAAAAGGGCAAGAGAGAGGUAGAGAGGGAAAGAGGUUUGCAUGUCUGCAUGCUCACAUAACCAUGAUCGGCAAAUCAUUCUGUGUUAGUAGAGGAAGAAGGGGGGCUCAUCGGAGGAAGAGUAGACGACCUUAAAGCCAAAGAAAAGGUGCUAAUACCUUUUCAAAAGUGUCAGCCUCUAGAGCAGUCCCACCCGGACCUGCAAGAGUUCCUAAACUUUUUCUUUGAGCUGCAAAAGCUGGAUGGAACUUUCUGUUAUGGAUACACAUGUUUAACACCUUUGUUUAGUGCAAAUUCAAUCACAUCAGAGGAAAAAGGCUCCUGAUGUCUAGCUCUCUCACACAUUCAUGUAUGUAUCAACUAAAUUUCAAUUUUGACAGAAAAAUACAAAGCACCCGUUGUGACCUCACCAAUUGGGGCGUGGCUGUGGCUAUGUUACUUUAAAGUUGAAACUCACAGAGAGCGGUGCUACAGCGGGUCUUCCUCCGUGGAUUUAUUGUUUAAUAAGAACCAAAGCAUCUCCCCACCUCACAGAUUCACCGUCUGCUUUGUGCUUUAUCAGGAUAACUUCCUUUUUUAUAUAUAUAUAAAUUAUCUCCUCCGUAAAAGCUGUCAAAGUUUCGGAGGAAAAACUUCUCAUGUUAGCAUUUUUGUCAUUUUUCACUCAAAUCAAUGGGCCUCCACAAACCAUAAAUUAGCAUAUUGACCCAAAAAAACAUCUCAUCACAAAAGAUGACAUUGCAACUGAGCAACUCAUCUGCCGAGAAAGGCAAUGUGAUUUCUAAAAAAAACUUUGGAAACACCGAAGUAGUUAACUUUUGUGAUGAGCUAUUUUUCUUUUUUAGUCAAGCCGCUUUUUCGAACAUCAAGAAUGAACCCUCAAAUUCAAGAUAAAACAUUUUAAUAUUCUCUGAAUCAGAAACAACCUUUGGUCCAGCUCCUCAUGAGAGGAAAUCAAAUUUGUCACCUAUUUUAGGGUCAGCUUUGUCAGUUGUCAUUACAUUAUUUGCUGCCACUAACGAUGUUGGUGCUGCGCUCAUUAAUGUCGUCAUCAUUAUCAUCAUCAUCUGUGCUCUGUUGGUGAUGUCUGCCUGCCUGCCUGAGCCACUCUGCUCCUCAUGCCUGCCUUCACCCUCACACAGUCGCAUGUCGUUAACGUGUCCCAAACAUGACCUUUUAACUGCAUCUUUACAGGUGUGUUUGCAUCAGCUGGGUUGUGUGUGGAAUGCUGUGUCAUCCGCAUAUUUGAAUGGAAGCAUGAGUUGGUAUACGUUUGUGCAUUUACUGUGACUCAGUUACUCAUGAGACAGAUAGCAGGACUGUCAGGUGAAUACAGGACCCCUCUACCCCUCUCUUUCUUUCUUUUUUCUUUCCACGUUUCCUCUCUUUUUCUUCCUGGGUUGUAAUACCACCAGUUGACCAGCAGAUGGGAGCCUUCCCUCACCAAAACCACAGCUCAGCUCGAGCCGGACUGGUCCCGCUUUUACUUACACCAAACAUAAGGAGGAGCUCCGGUGUCUUUGGAGUCUGACUCUGCCUUAAAACCCCUGGUUGUUUUAUCUGCCUGACUACAUCUCCCAUCAGCCACCUGGGCUAAGCCUCGCCUCCCCGGGAUUUUCUCAACUGCAUCUCCAUUAAAAAAAAAAA